UUAUUCACCUGUGCGCCAGACGCCACGCUUUUUUUAUUUCCUUAAACCUCCAUGGACUGGAUCCAAAACCUAUUGGUUCUUUCUUUUAUCGGGUGCAAGCAUGUCGGAGGCCUCGAGUAGUGUGACGCCAUCCUCGGAUUCGUCUUCCCAACAUAUGAAUAAAAAUUCAUCCAGCGAUAGUGUCCGAUUUUUUGCUCGAAAGUUUGCCUCUAGCAAGAUCGUCAGGUCAGGCUCAUGCACAGACCACCAACUCCACAUCGAAACAAGCACGUUGGAUGAUAAUUACGCAAGUGACGAUGCCUCAAUCCAGGCAGGGGGGAGUCUAUCUGAUGGAGCAGCCAAAAACUACAAAGAAAAGCACAAAAUUCCCUCUAGGCGGGCGUUUGUCAGGCCCUUUACUAAUGUUCUCUCAGGCACUUCGUUUGGAAAACCAGUAGGACAUAGAAAAACUGUUUAUUUGGAAACUGGUGGCAAAUACAUUCAUCGAGCCUUCCAUCCUAAGGAUAAGCCACAAGAUAUCAGUCGUGAAAUCACUCGAUGUAGAACCGUGGGUGAUGAAAUGCUUGACCUUUCUAAUAUGGCUCUUGAUUCGAUUCCAGGAAAUAUUCUAAAGGAGGUCAGUUGGAUCCGGCGCUUGUUUCUAUAUGACAAUAAAUUGACAAGCCUACCUAGUAGCUUAGGACAGCUAAGUCACCUUCAGUGCCUCAUGCUCCAGCAAAACUGGCUUACUGCAAGUGGUCUCCCUAAUGAAAUCACUAAAUUGAAGCAUUUAGAUCAAUUAGAUCUGCGGCACAAUCGUUUGGAAGGUCCACUUCCAACUUGCAUUUAUGCACUCACUAGCCUACAGAAGCUGUUGCUUACCUACAAUAAAAUAACUUAUUUGGAUGAAGACAUCGAAAACUUUAAGGACACAAGAAACUAA